CUAUUUGCAAAUAUCCAUUUGUUAAACACUGCAAGGUUUCUGUUCUUAUACCAAUCUCGUCUUGCAGCUGUGCCACAAGGGACACGCGGCGGUCGUCAUUAGCGGCAGUGUCCACGCAGCGCCUCAGGCCCCAGUGAUUGUACAGUACUCUUCGUCUACCCGCUGGCUCACCACUCUGUUUCUCUUCCUACAAAGGGUAUCCUACUGUGCUACAUAUAUGUAUGUGACAUCGCCAUCAUGCUUGUUGGUCGCUGGACCAAGCUGACGGCAAUUUUACUUGCCGGGUGUGUGUUUUUGAUCUUGUCGUCACUGUAUCUUUACGCGCGCCCGGAUAAUAGAGUGCGGACCAGCGACAACCUUGGCGCUUCUCCUGAAAUACCUCACAGUGGUUUCUGGCAGGAUUUCCUGCAUCUGCUAGAAAUCCAUGCGCCAAAGUGUCCCUCUAUUCAGCGAUAUGGGUCUGCAGGGGCCAUCGGAUUCAGUGCGGUCGAACCGCCACAGAGACCUGACCUCAUAGCCGAUCCUGACGGCUGCCGGCUGCCGAUGCAACAAGCGCAUGAUAGCUUUGUCGAGUCUAUACAAGAGCCAAGGCAGUUGGUACCGAUGCACGUUCCUGGAACUAGCGGUAUCGUUUCUUCAGCGGGAGGAAGCCUACUCCCGGUGUUCGUUACCUCGUUGAGGAUGCUCCGCCGGACUGGAUCGACUCUUCCAGUCGAGCUCUUUGUCAAGGACUGGAGCGAAUACGAAGCUGAGAUCUGUGAAGAUGUUCUUCCUUCCCUCAACGCUCGAUGUAUUGUUCUUUCUGACGUCCUAGACGACGGAAGAGGCGCCAAGGUCCCGAUUGCCCAUUACCAAAUCAAGAUAUUUGCCGUUCUCUCAUCGUCCUUUGAGACAGUCAUCUGGAUGGACGCUGAUUGUUUCCCCCUUCAUGAUCCGAAAGACCUACUGUACUCAGAGCCUUUUAUGUCGAACGGUCUGGUCACAUGGCCGGACUUUUGGGCGUCGACAGCGUCACCUCUGUAUUUUGAUAUCUCUCGACAACAAGCACCUCCCAUAGAUCUUCGCGCGUCGUCGGAGACAGGCGUGUUCUUAGUUUCCAAGCAGAGCCAUCUCUCGAGUCUGCUUCUGGCUGCUUACUACAAUUUCUACGGACCAUCUCACUAUUUCACGCUGCUCUCUCAAGGUGCUCCGGGAGAAGGCGACAAGGAGACAUUUAUCCACGCGGCGUCCGCUUUGGGACAAAGCUUCUAUACUGUCAGCGAACCAGUUAGGCCAAUAGGCCAUCCAAAAGCUGAUGGAAAGGUGUCUGGAUCAGCCAUGGUCCAGGCGGAUCCUGUUGAAGAUUUUAAGCUGACUAGCCAAGAUAAAUGGCGAGUGAAGGAUCCUUCUGUCGCCAAGGCCCCACGUGUAUUUUUCAUCCAUGCGCAUUAUCCCAAAUUUAAUCCGGGCGAGAACUUGUUCGGCGAUAAGUGGGAGACAGCCCCGACGCUCGGUUCGAACGGGGAAGACAGCAGAGCUUGGACGGUCCCGAAAGAGACACUGACACGAUUCGGACAUGACGCUGAAAAGGCUUACUGGGAGGAGAUCAAAUGGACUAGCUGCCAGCUGGAGAGAAAGUUUGGAUCUUGGAAGAGGAAGUCGGGCAUCUGCAAUAGAGUCCGGGAAUACUGGGAACAUGUCUUUGAAACGCACAACGCAAAUGAUCCUAUUUUUGUCGACAACUCAUGAACGUGGAUACAUCGUUGGUAUCAACA